AUGCCUUAUAACUCGCCUCUUGAGAAUGGACGCCGUUAUCAUGCAUUCCGUGAGGGUGCCUAUCUUGUGCCCAACGAUGACGAUGAACAAGAUCGCAUGGAUUUAGGUCAUCACAUCUAUCGUCUUCUUCUUGGUGGAAAGCUUUACCUCGCCCCUAUCAAGGAGCCUCAGCGGGUACUUGACCUUGGUACCGGAACUGGUAUUUGGGCCAUGGAGUUUGCAGACGAGUUCCCCUCGGCUCAAGUCCUGGGCACUGAUCUUAGCCCUAUCCAACCCACAUGGACCCCACCAAACUGCGUCUUUGAAGUCGACGACUUUGAAUCACCCUGGCUCUACAAGCAACCAUUCGACUACAUCCACGCCCGAGAACUAGGAGGUUGUGUAAGUAGCGAUAAGCACUUCUUUGACCAAGCUUUCAAGCACCUGAAACCCGGCGGUUAUUUGGAAAUGCAAGCCGUCUAUACAGACUUCAAGUCUGACGAUGGAACCAAAGACAAGGCCGAGAACGCAGUUGUAUGGAUGAAGCACAUGGUUGACGGCACAGCCAAGUUUGGAAAACCCCUAGAUUGCGCGAUUGGAUGGAAGAAGGCGAUGGAAGAUGCAGGUUUUGAAGACGUUCAACAACAAGUCUACAAGUGCCCUAUUGGACAGUGGCCAAAGGACCCCAAACUCAAGGAGAUUGGCAAGUAUCAAGCUGCUCAAGAGUCUCAAGUCAUCACUUCAUAUACUCCAGCCGUCUUCUCACGCGUUCUAGGCUGGCAGGAUGAUGAGAUUCAGGUUUUUAUGGCCAAGGUCAAGAAGGAUAUCACGAGCCCGGCCAUCCACCUCUAUCUCCCCGUGUACUUUAUCUGGGGUAGAAAGCCUGAAGCAUAA